GUUUCAGGCGCAACUUGUCCUGCACUAACGCCAUCCAGUGGAGCCACAGUCAAAUACAAUUUAGCAUCGAAUAUAAGUGCACCUUACAAUGAGAAUACCACAGCUCAAGUCAUUUGCCCCUGUUUGCAAACAUGGCCAACAAAUGCAAGGAGAACAGAACCAGCCACAUGUAAUUCUGCUGGUACCUGGACAACCAAUUCCACCAGUCAAACCUGUGCUGCUCUUUCAGCGACAACGCCGGUCCUAACGACCAGCACCGGAAGGAAGCUGCACGUUUUGUCCGCAUCCGGUUCAGCGUGGACGAGAGUCACUGACGCGGCGGACGAGUGCACCACUUCCGGCAAGGGCUCCUUAGCAGUGGGUCUCAGUUCCGGGGAAAUCGGGGAACUGGAAGUUGCCCUGGGUUGGAGGGACUACGGGUGCCCCGGGAUCCAGUCCCUGGUUUACAUGCCUGGAACUUUUGUGUGAGCUGAUGAGUGCAUACAUACU